UAAAAUCAGUGGCUUGGUUCACUAGUUUCAACAAAUGGUUUUCUCUAAUCAAUAACAAAGCAAUAAUAGCAAACCAUGUUGAUGGCAAUGUGCACCCAAUUAGGAGCACCACACUCGUGGACUCCAACACAGUGCCACCUAAAUGCUCCAUCCAAAACAAUCAUAAAAGCCAAAACCACACACUCAAUGCCUCCUGAGAAGAAAGAAAUCUUCAAGUCAUUGGAGAGUUGGGUAUCAGAACAUGUAUUGCCACUGGCCAAACCUGUUGAAGAAUGCUGGCAGCCACAUGAUUUCUUGCCAAACUCAGCAUUACCGUCAGAUGAGUUUAUCGAUCAGGUGAACGACUUAAGGGCUCGAACGGCUGGGCUUCCAGACGAAUAUCUGGCAGUUUUGGUGGGAAACAUGAUCACUGAGGAAGCAUUGCCUACAUAUCAAUCAUAUUUAAACAACUUGGAUGGUGGGGUUGCAGAUGAGACUGGUGCAAGCGAUAAUCCAUGGGCUAUAUGGUCGCGCUCUUGGACAGCCGAGGAAAAUAGACAUGGAGAUUUGCUCAAAACAUAUCUCUAUCUAACUGGUCGGGUUGAUAUGCAAAUGGUCGAGAAAACUAUCCAAUACUUGAUUGGAGCUGGCAUGGAUAUAGGAACUGAAAACAACCCAUAUAUGGGCUUUGUUUAUACAUCUUUUCAAGAGCGAGCCACUUUUGUGUCGGAUGGUUGUUUGGCUCGACUGACUAAGGAAAGGGGUGAUCCAGUUCUUUCAUGCAUAUGUGGCACCAUUGCUGCGGAUGAAAAGCGCCACGAGAUUGCAUACGAGAGGAUUGUGGAGAAACUUCUAGAAGUAGACCCCACAGAGACGAUGAUAGCGAUAUCAAAAAUAAUGAGUGGUAACAUAACGAUGCCCGGACACUUGAUGUAUGAUGGACAAGACCCGCAGCUCUUCACCCACUUCUCUGCAGUGGCACAACGCAUUGGCGUGUACACGAUUAGUGACUACAUUGAUAACUUGGAGUUCUUGAUUAGAAAAUGGAGAUUGGAGAAGAUAGAGGGUUUAACGAGCGAGGGAAGACAUGCACAAGAGCUCGUGUGUGGGCUUGUGCCCAAGAUUAGGAGGCUACAAGAACGUGCUGAUGAGCGGGUGCGAAAGAUGAGACCCAGGUUUAGUUGGAUCUUCAAUAAAUAGUGUCCAUAUUGAAGUACAGAAUCUUUAAAAACAAAGUGCAGUGGAAAAGCAAUGAAUAUGUGAUCUUUAAACUCCUCUUAUCCUGUGUUUGGUUAUCCUAUACUCUUUAGAGUAAUUAAUAAAUAAAAUUAUUGUAAGAAAACUAUGAGGACGUACUAUUGUUCAACAAUAUUCGUUGAGAGAUUGUGUGUAUGUGUAUGAGUGAUGCAUAAAAUAAAUAGAAGACAUGAUUUUUUAUUAAAAAAUAGAGGACAGGUUGUUG